UGGGCAGAACCGCUGGCCUGAUGGACUCCGAGAGCCUCCUACUGUCGCUGGAGCUGGCGUCCGGCAGUGGGCAGGGCCUCAGCCCCGACCGCCGGGCCUCCCUGCUCACUUCCCUCCUGCUGGUUAAACGCGACUACCGCUACGACCGGAUCCUCUUCUGGGGCCGCAUCCUCGGCCUGGUCGCCGAUUACUACAUCGCGCAGGGCUUGACCGAGGACCAGCUCGCACCGCGCAAAACCCUCUACAGUCUGAACUGCAUGGAGUGGAGCCUCUUGCCCCCCGCCACGGAGGAGAUGCUGCUGCAGACGUCUGUGGUGAGCGGCCGCUUCAUGGGGGACCCCUCACAUGAGUAUGAACACACGGAGCUGCAGAAGAUGAACGACGGUGACAAGGUCUUUGAAGAAGAAGUGGUGAUUCAGAUCAAGGAAGAAACCCGCUUGGUGUCCAUCAUUGACCAGAUAGACAAGGCUGUGGCCAUUAUCCCCCGAGGUGCCCUCUUCAAGACACCUUUUGGACCCACCCACGUCAAUCGGACCUUUGAAGGACUGUCCUUGUCUGAGGCCAAGAAGCUCAGUUCCUACUUCCACUUCAAGGAGGCUGUUGAACUGAAGAACAAGACCUUGCUUGAGAAGGCUGACUUGGACCCUUCCCUGGACUUCAUGGACUCCUUGGAGCAUGAUAUCCCCAGAGCUGGAGCAGCGAUCUCAGGCAGCGGCCAGGCUGUGGACCUUGGGACUCCAUCACAAGCAAGCUCUGAGUGGCAAUGCCAACCUCAGGCAGCAGAGGGCAGCAAGGAGGCUGGCUGCCUGGAAAGUGGCCUUUAAGGUGAUGGGAGUUGGGGAGAGGGGUAGGAGACAGAGGCAUUGGAGAGGAGAAGGAUCAGCCUUUUCUUGGGGAAGGGGGUGCGGAUAGCUCCUCUCACCCCAGUCCCUUGGAAGUCUGGCUAAUGGUGCUUGGUUUUCUAGACCAAGGGGACUGGCCCUAACCCCCCACCCCCACCCCCCAUUCAAUGAAACAGGAGUCUGUUCCCAGGCCUCUAGAGGGUUUGACUCUACUUUGCGGGGAGGGCAUGUGG